AGUAAUUAACCGCAUGAUGCGUAAUAAAGCGAUUUGACUAAUAAACACAAAACUUUGUUUAUAAAAGACAGUAUUUACAAGACAAAAUAACAUAAGGUUGCCUUUUUGUUUGGGAAAGCUUUUGUGAGACAUUACAAGUGAAAUUCAGUCAAAUAAAUGAAAUGAAAUAAUAAAAGUAUGCAAAAUGUCAGUAGCAAAUAGACACUCCAAAAAUUAUGACUAUUUAUUCAAGAUUAUAUUAAUCGGAGACUCUGGGGUUGGAAAAACAUCUUUAUUGGCCAAGUUUGUUGAUGAGGAAGUUGUCCAAUCUCAUAUAUCAACAAUUGGAAUUGAUUUCAAGAUGAGAUGUUUGGUUAUAAGUGGUAAACAAGUCAAAGUCCAAAUAUGGGAUACUGCUGGACAAGAGAGAUAUGAAACAAUAACAACUCAAUAUUACAGAAGAGCACAUGGAAUUAUAUUAACAUAUGAUGUAACAAGACACGAUUCGUUUGUAAAUGUCAGAAAAUGGCUUCGAUAUGUAGAGGAGUUUGCUGAUGGAAAUGUUAAACUAGUGCUCCUCGGAAAUAAAAGUGAUUUAACGGAUGCAAGAAAAGUGACAAAAGUUGAAGCUCAAGCUCUUGCUGAAGAGUUUAAAAUACAAUGGUUUGAGACAAGUGCUUACACAGGUGAAAAUGUUGAAGAUGCUUUUCUGAUGAUUACUCGACAAAUAUAUGUUGAUGUUUUGCGCUCUGAAGAAGAUUCUAAAAUUACAGAAGAACUAAAAGGAAAUCUCACUUCGUUUCCCACUCUUGAAAAAGAUUCUCCAAAGUGUACUUGUUAGUUAUGGUUUUUUCAAAUUUUUUAUUAUUAUUUAUAUGUAUUUAUUGUUUUUAUUCUCAACUGGUAUAUUUAUCAUAUAGGUAAUGUUAAAAAAUUUUUUGUCUGAAUUUUUUUAAAUUCUUUUUUUUUUUUCAUUAUUUAUUUGUGUAUUUAAAUGCAUUUUU